UUGUAUAUGAUCACUCUCGUCCCAAACACCUGGCACGGCGCGACUGCUGCUGCCGCCGCAUCGACCGUUCUUCCGCGGCCCGCUGUCCGCUGCUGUACGGCACCGCCAGAGGAGACGGACAGCGACGCGUGGCAAUUCAAGCUCCUCCUGCUCGCCGUCGCGGUCGGUUACGGCACGAAUUUCCCGGUCGGGCGGCUCAUGAACGAGGCGCUCCCGGCGGCAGCGUCCACGUCCGGCCGCUUCCUCCUCGCAGCUCUCGCCCUGAGUCCAUUCAUUUCUCGGCUGGACCGGCGGCUCAUCUGGCCGGCCGUCGCCACGGGGCUGUGCGACGGCAUCGGAUACUCUGCGCAGUCACUGGCCCUCUGCGACACGGCCGCCGCCAAGGUCUCGUUCCUUGGCGCGCUCACCGUCGUGGUGGUCCCUUGCCUCUCCGCCGCUCUCGACGGCAAGCGGCUCGGCCUCGCCAGCGCGCCACAGGUGUGGCUGGCAGCUCUGCUGACCUUGGGCGGGGUCGGCCUCCUCGAGAUUGGCGACUCGCUCGAUGCCCUUCGAGCUGGCGGCGUCGCGGCCGGCGACCUCUGGUCUAUCGUGCAGGCCCUCGGUUUCGGCACCUCCUUCUACCUCAUCGGGCGGCUGAUCUCAGAGGAUGACGACGGCGCGGGCGCGGACCAGGUCCUACCCGUGACCGCCGUCAACGUGGCGACGGUAGCGGCGCUCUCCGCGCUAUGGGCAGUGUGCGACGGCUGCGGCGUCGGCCCGCUCGCAGCCUCUUCAUCCGCAGGGUGGCUCGUCGACGCGGGGACUCGCGACGCUUUCGCGCUGCCGGGCGCGCUUCGGGGGGACAGCGGCGGCGGGUUGCUGUGGACCGGCCUGGUCACCACCGCCCUCGUGCGGGUCGGCGAGACGAAAGGGCUGACGCGGGUGCCGCAAUCGGCCGCGUCCGUCAUCGUCGCCACCGAGCCGCUCUGGGCGAGCGCCUUUGGGCUGCUGCUCCUCGGCGAGGGGCUCGACCCGCAGUGCGUCGUCGGCGGAGCGCUCGUGGUUGCCGCGUGCGUCGUCUCUGGCCUGGAGCCCGCGGCGGUGCGUGCGGCGUUGCCGUUCCUGCCGGGUGGGGUGGGGAGCAGGUAACAGGUGAGCGAUGCAUCCCGCUUUCCCGGCCCACCGGGUUUUACAGUUUUCUGAAAGUGUCUUUCUGCCAAAGACGUAUCUUUGGCAGC